GGCACACACGACUCUUCGCCAUGACUCGACUCGGCCGUACAACUCCAACGCAACGAGGCUAGCUAUACUUCGCCUUUGUCACCUCCUCUCACUACCUCCUCCUACCUAAACAAAGUCAGCCAGGAACAUCAAAGAUCCGAAGCGAAGCUGGUCAGCAUGGCCGCCUCCUGCAGGGAGUUCACCGGCCUAGCGCGGCCGGCGACCACCAGGCUGCAGCCCGGCCGGAGCCGGAAUGAGCUCUGCUUCUUGCCGCUAGAGCAAAAAGAACAGGGGCGGCCGGGGAGGAAGAAGAAGCCGGCUGGCCGCGGCGUGACGGUGGUGGCAGCCGUGAGUGAGGAGCUGCCGAGGCUGGCGUCGGCCGCCGGGAAGGGCGCCGCCGCGGGGAGGCCGCCGCCUCCGGGGAAGGUGGCGGUGAGGGCGGCGCUGACGGUGCGGCGGAAGCACAAGGAGGACCUCAAGGAGGCGGUGGCCGGCCACCUCGACGCGCUCUGGGACAUGGUCGGCCGGGGCGUCGUGCUCGAGCUCAUCAGCACCAAGAUCCAUCCCAGGACGGAGAAGCCGGUGGAGAGCGGCCGGGCGUCGAUCAAGGACUGGUGCCAGAAGCAGGGCACCAAGGGGGAGCACGUCGUGUACACCGCGGAGUUCACGGUGGACGCCGACUUCGGCGAGCCGGGCGCCGUCCUCGUCGCCAACCGACACCACCGGGAGUUCUUCCUCGAGAGCAUCGUCAUCGAGAGCGGGCUGCCGUGCGGCACCGUCUACUUCGCCUGCAACUCCUGGGUCCAGACCACCGGGGAGCUUCGGGACAAGAGGGUCUUCUUCAGCAACAAGCCAUAUUUACCAUCUCAAACACCCCCCGGGCUUAGAGCAAUAAGGGAGAAGGAGCUGAAAGACCUAAGAGGAGAUGGUACAGGGGUUCGGAAGAUCUCUGACCGAAUAUAUGAUUAUGCAAUGUACGAUGAUUUGGGAAAUCCAGACCGGGGGAAAGAGUUCAUCAGGCCAAUCCUUGGAGGGCAGAAAAUCCCUCACCCACGACGAUGUCGGACUGGUCGCCCACCAACUGAUACUAACAUGCUAUCGGAGAGCAGAGUGGAGAAACCACAUCGAAUAUAUGUACCUCGUGAUGAGACAUUUGAGGAGCUGAAACAGGGGGCCUUCAUAUCAGGCAGGCUACGAGCAGUACUGCACACCUUAAUCCCGUCGCUGAUUGCAACAGUCUCAGCUGAUACCCACAACUUCCAAGGCUUCCACCACGUUGACAACCUCUACAAGGAGGGUCUCAGGCUGAAGCUGGGCCUCCAGGAGCAUCUGUUCCAGAAAAUACCACUUGUUCAAAAGAUUCAGGAGUCAAGCGAAGGGAUGCUUCGUUAUGACACACCUAGCAUCCUUUCCAAGGACAAGUUUGCAUGGCUCCGUGAUGAUGAGUUUGGGCGGCAGGCUAUUGCAGGAAUAAACCCAGUUAGUAUCGAGAGACUCACGGUAUUCCCACCAGUGAGCAAGCUGGACCCCGCUAUCUAUGGUCCACCAGAAUCUUCAAUAACCGAACGGCACAUUGCUGGCCAUCUCAAUGGACUGACAGUACAAGAGGCUAUGGACAAGGAGAAGCUUUUCAUUAUAGACCACCAUGAUGUGUAUAUGCCAUUCUUGGACCGGAUCAACGCAAUCCAGGGGCGGAAAGCAUAUGCAACCCGGACAAUCUUCUUCCUCACUCAAGCUGGCACGUUGAAGCCAAUCGCUAUUGAGCUUUGUCUUCCUCCAAGCCAGUCAGGGGAGCCUGAGCCAAGCAAGGUCCUUACUCCUCCCUGUGAUGCUACAUCCAACUGGAUCUGGAUGCUUGGCAAGGCUCAUGUUAGCUCCAAUGACGCUGGUGUUCAUCAGCUUGUCAAUCACUGGUUGAGGACGCAUGCUAUAAUGGAGCCAUUCAUCCUGGCGGCACACCGGCGUAUGAGCGCAAUGCACCCCAUCUUCAAGCUUCUACAUCCUCACAUGAGGUACACGUUGGAGAUCAACGCGCUUGCAAGGCAGAGCCUGAUCAACGCUGAAGGGGUGAUUGAGUCCUGCUUCACCCCUGGCCCUGUCUCUGGCGAGAUCACCUCCGCCUACUACCGCAGCCACUGGCGCUUCGACCUCGAGGGCCUCCCUGCCGACCUCCUCCGAAGGGGAGUGGCUGUGGAGGACGCGACCCAGCCUCAUGGCAUCAGGCUUCUCAUCGAGGAUUACCCUUACGCAAACGACGGGCUUCUGCUGUGGUCUGCCAUUGGCAGCUGGGUGGAGUCGUACGUGCAGCUCUACUACCCGGACGCCGGCACGGUCCAAAACGACGACGAGCUCCAAGAGUGGUACCAGGAGUCGAUCCACGUCGGGCACGCAGACCUCCGGGACGCGCCAUGGUGGCCGCCGCUGUCGACGCCGCGCGACCUGGUGGGCAUCCUGACCACGCUCGUCUGGCUGGCGUCGGCGCAGCACGCGGCGCUCAACUUCGGGCAGUACCCGCUGGGCGGGUACGUCCCGAACCGGCCGCCGCUGAUGCGGCGUCUGCUGCCGGAGCCGGAGCGCGACGCGGCGGAGUACGCCAUGUUCCUGGCGGACCCGCACCGGUUCUUCCUGAACGCGAUGCCGGGGGUGCUGGAGGCGACCAAGUUCAUGGCGGUGGUGGACACGCUGUCGACGCACUCGCCCGACGAGGAGUACCUCGGCGAGGGGCGCGACGAGGGCGCCGCGCCGUGGACGGGGGACGAGGAGGCCGUGGCGGCGCACCUGGCGUUCGUGGCCGACGUGCGGCGAGCAGAGGAGACCAUCGAGGGGCGCAACGGCGACCACGGGAGGAGGAACCGGUGCGGGGCCGGGGUGCUGCCGUACGAGCUGCUGGCGCCAAGCUCGCCACCGGGGGUCACCUGCCGCGGCGUGCCCAACAGCAUCUCCAUCUGAUGCGCACAGUUAGAGACGUACUAUCAUUGUUAAUUAAAAUUUUCCCCAAUUUUUUGGGUCCCGGCCCCCAUUUUAGGGGCCGACGUCGUUU